AUGAAACGUGUUGAGAAGGCGCUGGUCGACCUCAACACGACGAACCUCAAGUCGAACCAAAACGCGAUCGCAGAUUUCAACUCCCUUCUGAGCACUGGAAGUACCCAAUUGCAGGAUAUGCUCAGAUCAGAAUUGCAACAAAAUGCCACCCCAAUUGAGCCGCUGCACUAUCUCACCAAAGGUAUAGCCUGCAAUAUGUUCCAUUUAUCCAAUCACAUUGGUCAUACUAACAAUUACGGUAUUUAUAUAGAGCUUCCCUUCCCAUCAAUUCCCGAAGAACCCUUAUCACAACUAGGUCCUCUGUGCGCGGCGAUCAGCUCAGCAUGUGCCUUGGGUCCACAGCGGAACAAAGGAGAGAACCCUGCGAUGAAGAUUUAUGCUGAGGUGCGCGGGCCGUAUCUCACCUCGAGCUUGCAGAACCUAUCAAUCGCAUCUCUCAACACCGUCAAACGUAGACCCACAGAUGGACCUUACAAGCAGGGUACUAACGGUAUUGGUAUCUACUCUAAUGCAUUGGAAGCAUUUGUCAACACUGAGUAUGAUAUAAUUUCUCAGCUGUUUCCAGCAGAUCAACAAGGUCUUGCAUUGCAAGCUACUUUCCUCUCAGCAAUGGCUGAAUAUUCUAAGACUCUGCGAGAAAUGAACCAGUACAUCCGUCAGAAUCUCAUGACAGACUGCUUCCUUGCGUUUGAAAUCAUUGAGAUUGUGACGGCCAUGUCAUACCGGAUCGACUCCAAGGCCGCGGAGUUGAAGAGUCUUCUAAUUGAGGCAUUAAGACCUGUGCGCGAAACUGCCAAGUCUUCCCUGUCUGAAUUGCUCGAGGAAACAAAACGCAGGGCGGCCAACGUACCCCUACCCCCCGACGGUGGGUCCGUGCCGUUGGUUGAGGAAGUCAUGAACUCCCUUGCUACCUUAACUGGAUACUCAGGUCCACUGGCAUCUAUCUUGACCUCUCUUGGCGAUGGAAAUUGGCGUUCAAAAUCGAGCACCGCCGGGACCGCGCCUCUGGAUGUUGGUCCUGACAGUGGUACUCUUUUCUCUCACUUCAUCUUGGAUAUGAUCGAAGCUUUAAUGACCUCCUUGGAAGCUCGUGGCCGAGCAUUCCAUCGCACAAAAGCUGCUCUUGGUGUCUUCCUAUCGAAUGUCUUUUGCAUUGUCGAUAGGUCUAUUCGACAAAGCCCGGAGCUGGCGCGUUACUUGGGUGCUCCUGACAGUAUCGCUCGGAUUGACACAUUCCGCAAGCGUGCGACAUCUACCUAUCUGGAUGCCUGGAAGGAGACAUCCCAGUACCUUUUGGAUGUCCAGUAUACAUCGCGCGCCGGACGACCCAGCUCCACUGGUGCUGUGGAUUCCAGCGCCAUUGUCAAAAGCCUGUCCUCCAAAGACAAGGAUGCGAUCAAGGACAAAUUCAAAUCAUUCAAUGCCAGCUUUGACGAAAUGCUCGCUCGGCAUAAACCCCUCCAUCUGGAACGGGAGGUGCGUUCGGUUCUCGGGCGCGAAUUACAGGCCGUGCUUGAGCCACUAUAUGCCCGGUUUUAUGACCGGUAUGUGGAAAUUGAUAAGGGCCGUGGCAAGUACAUCAAGUACGAUAAAUCCAACCUGUCAGUGCAAUUGGCCCAGCUAGCGUCAUAG